AUGCGGACGACGGGACGACCGCGGGCGGAGGCGCACCUGGAGAUUGGCGUGGAGACGAAUAGGGAUCUGUUCGGACGCGUGCGAGGCCGAUGCGGUGGGUGCGGGACGUGCGCGGGGUACGUCAAGGACACGCGGGCGUACGAGAUGCGGGUGGAGGAUGCGGCGAACGGGCGGGCGCAUCCGCACUGCGACUUGACGCUGACGAAUUGUUCGAGAUGCGGGUGCGCGUCGACGGAGCACGAGGUGGACGAGUGCGCGGAUUGGAGAGAACGCGGAAACGACGCGUACGAGCGCGAGGCGUACGAAGAGGCGGUGUGUCACUACUCGCGCGCGAUCGCGGCGUCGCCGGGAGACGUGAAGAGUUUUUCCAAUCGAUCGGCGUGCUUUCUCAAGAUGGCAAAGUACUCGCAGGCGCUGAGCGACGCCGAGCGCGCGGUGACGCUGGACGGGAACUUCGCCAAGGCGAGAACGCGCGUCGGUGCCGCGGCGGCGGCGCUGGGACGUCAUGACCUGGCGAAACGGUCAUUUGAGCUCGCACUUAAGCUUGAUCCGAAUUCUCAGGCGGCGCGCGACGGUUUGGUACGUCUGGAACGCGACGUCUCCCGCGCGCAAAAGCGAAAGACGACGAGAUCGCCUUCGAAUGUAGGCAGAGGAACAGAUACGAGCUCGACGGUAACGCCGGCGGUCGAACCCGCCCGCGUCCCGCACGACGGCACAUCGCGCGUCGAGACUGUCGCACGGCGCACGCACGCUCACGAGUUGAUGGGGGAAGCGAAGUCUCUUCUCUCGCGGCUCGAGCGGGUUCUAAACGACAUGCGAAUCGAAGUCGACGCUUUUGAAAAGCAUUGUGCGAUGAAAGAAGCCGCGGAGCGCAUCGACGUGAGCGCACAGACGGAAGAGGAGAGUAUUCAUGACGAGACGCUCGAGAGAGAGAUUUUUGACGUCGAGCCUCAAUCACCAGCGAAUAAGACUUUCGCCGUGUCCCCGCGCUCGGACGGUGACGAAAGCGAACACGACAUGGAUGAAGUUUCGACGCAAAUGGCUCGUUUGUUGCGAACCGCUUCCGUUGAAGAUGAUAAGGGAGAAGAUGAGGCACAAGUCGCGGACGUGCUUAAAUUUUUUGAAGAGUUCGAGCGCGUUGCCAGUGGAGAGACGGAGAAAGAGGACGUCGAUUUAUGGGCAGAGAGAUGGGAAGCAGAGCAAUUCCAACGGCGCAGUAUCGAAAAGAUCGUUCUAGAGACCGCUCAAAAGCGUCAAUCAUCGGAACCAAAGGUUUCACGACCUCCGGGUUUGAAGCUGGACUCUCUGACUCAUUUGUUCACAGUUGAAGAGAUAAGAGGUAAAAUGGGGGAUAUCGACGAUUCAGGCACCGCGCGCGGUCCAUGCAAAUCGUGCGACAAAUCGUGCAGCGCAUUCGUCAAACUCUCUAGUUGGAAACGGUCGCCGCUACCGAAUCAUGAUUCAAACGACGAAGGGUACGCGAAUGUAUAUCACUCGCUUGUCCUAGGUGUCGAUGGCGCGCGAUGCGCUCGGUGCGGAUGCGAGGCGAGCACGCACUGCACUGAGAAGGAGUUUCGUAAGCGGGAGCGAGUCGAUCGCAUGGACCAACAUCGCAAGCAAAGCCAUGAAAGCAAUCGUAAACGACGAGUGAUGCUCGCUGCCGAGAUUGUACAGCGCGCGCUCGAUCAGGAUGAGACCAUAUGUGAGACGACGAACGAUGCAGUGCUAGGUGCAGAGCGACUCGGAUGCAAGUCGUGUCAAGAGUGCUCGGGAUUCAAGUUGAUAUUUCCAGAAUCGAAAGCAAAUGAUCCCGAGACGAUGUGCUACUGUUCGAUGUGUGGAUGUUCUGCAGCUGAUCAUCAGGUUUGUGAGCGCUGGACCCAAGAGCAACAGGAAAGUCGUAAUAGGUUUGAGCGGCGAGCGCAGGCUGAUCAAGCUAGGCGUGCCGCCGCAGCCGAGGCAUACAGUCGAUCCAAUCGCUCACGUAACGAACAUCGCACGACGCUCGGCGUUUCCCCGAACGCGUCGAUGAGUGAGCUCGCAAAGGCAUAUCGCAAGGCGGCUCUGCGAUGGCAUCCCGACAAACACGCACACAAGUCAGAGAGCGAGCGACGAGCGGCGACGAAGAUGUUCAUUCGCGUCGCCGAAGCGUUCAAAUGUCUGCGUGAUGAAGACUCUUAG